AUGUCCUCGAUCGAUGGACCCAAUCACGCUACUAUCAUAGGCUAUGCCUGUCGCGUUGCUGGUGCAGAUCGUCCAAGUAAACUCUGGGACAAUAUUGUUGAGCAGAGAGAUCUGCGGCAAGAGAUGCCCUUGAAUCGUUUUAAUAUUGAGAAUUUCUACCAUCCUAACGGAACGAACAAGGGAACGACGAAUGCCAAGCAUGGAUACUUUCUUGACCAGGAUCUAGGGGUGUUUGAUCGUAGCUUUUUCCGCAUUUCCGGCAAGGAAGCCGAGGCUAUGGACCCCCAGCAGCGCCUCCUUCUUGAGGUGGUUUACGAGGCCCUCGAAGACGCCGGCCUUACGUUGGAUGAGAUAGAUGGAUCGAACACCUCGGUCCUAUGUGGCUCAUUUACAAACGACUACAAUGCCAUGAUCACCAAAGAUCUGGAGUACUAUCCCAAAUACGCUGUCACGGGAACGGGAAACGCGAUUCUCGCUAAUCGUGUGUCAUAUGCAUUCAAUCUUAAAGGCAUGAGUCUCACAAUUGAUACUGCAUGCUCUUCGUCUCUGGUCUCUUUCCACCUGGGCGCCCAAGCCAUCCAGAAUGGAGAGUGCGACAUGUCCAUUAUUGUGGGCUCAGCGCUUCAUUUUGAUCCGAAUAUUUUCAUUACCAUGACAGACCUGGGCAUGCUGUCUAAAGAAGGACGCUGUCGGGCAUUUGAUGCCGAUGGGAAAGGUUAUGCGCGAGGAGAUGGAAUAUGCGCCGUCAUCCUGCGCGGGCAGAACCAGGCUCAGCUGCAUGAAGACCGGAUUCGCGCCGUUGUGAAAGCCACCGGCUCUAAUCACGAUGGAAUGACACAAGGAAUCACUCUGCCUUCUUCGGAAGCACAGAUGGCCUUGAUCAAACGAACUUAUCACUCCUGCGGCUUAGAUCCCGCCGAUACACAAUAUGUAGAAGCCCAUGGCACCGGCACCGCUCGUGGGGAUCCCCUGGAGAUGCGAGCCAUCGGUACGUGCUUUGCCUCCAAGCAGCGCAGUCAGCCUCUAUAUGUUGGAUCUGUCAAAACCAAUAUAGGACACGCUGAAGGGGCGUCCGGACUUGCCGGCCUGAUCAAAGCCACAAUGGCCCUCGAAAAAGGGAAAAUCCCACCGAAUAUGCAUUUCAAGAUACCGAACAAAGAAAUUGCAUUUGACGACUGGGGGAUUCAAGUGCCCACGGAUUUGAUCGAUUUCCCAACCAACAGUCAGGGUACAAAGAGAGCCAGUAUUAAUUCUUUUGGCUAUGGUGGUUCCAAUGCACAUGUGAUUCUCGAAGCAUAUGAUGAAUUUCCCAACAAUAUCGACCAAUCAGUCUCGAGGCUCCCAAAGGCCUUUGAGGCUGAUGUCAUUGGUCGCCCGUUCCUGGUGCCAUUAACCUCGCACUCGGAGAAAGCAGGGAAGGCGUGGAUUGACAGCCUCGCGGCUUAUUUGCAACAAAAGCUCGAGACUCCCGUAUCCGAUCUGGCUUACAGUCUGAUCAAUCGUCGAACCCUUCAUGAAAAACGAUCCUUCGUCAUUGGAACGAGUGCAGGGGACGUCGCGAACAAGCUGGAAAAUGUGCCCCCGUGGACAAGGGCAAAAAAAGAGCCUUUACGACUUGGGUUUAUUUUCACCGGCCAGGGUGCCCAAUGGCAUUCAAUGGGCCGUGACUUGAUUGCCAAGGCUUUGAUAUUCAGGCAGACGUUGGAGAGAGCCGAUCGUGUUCUAUCCGGUCUACCGGAUGGUCCAAAUUGGUUGAUUGUGAAUGAGCUUUCCAGAACAAAAGAAGAGUCACGGCUCGCGGAAACCGAACUAUCUCAGCCUGUCUGUACAGCUGUGCAAUUGGCUCUUUUGGAACUCCUAAAGAGUUGGGGGGUUGUUCCCACAGCAUGUGCUGGACACUCGUCAGGGGAGGUAGCAAGUGCGUAUGCGGCAGGGAUUUUAUCUUUCGACAGCGCGAUGUGUGUUGCAUAUUAUCGCGGUCUGCAUAUGUCAAAGAAAGCGCUACUGUCAGGAAAUGACGAAAUCUCAGGGGCGAUGUUAGCUGUGGGGUUAGGGGAAGCUGAAGCUGCCUUGGAGAUCAAGGCCUAUCCAGGUCGAGUGGUCAUCGCCGCAGUUAAUAGCCCAUCUAGCGUCACUCUGUCUGGAGACGAAGAUGCAAUCAUCACUGUCAACGAAGACUUGCAAGCACGAAAUGUUUUUGCCCGUCGCUUGCAGGUAAAACAGGCGUUCCACUCCCACCAUAUGAGCCCCCUGGCGCCGGCGUACGAGAAAGCGCUAUUCGAAUGCCCUAGUUUUGCGGUAAACCCCUCUGAGACUCGAAUGUUCUCUAGUGUUACUGGCCGAGUGGCCAAAUCAGACAAAAUGGGACCAGAGUACUGGGCCGCCAACAUGACUGGCACUGUUCGAUUCUCUGAUGCCUUGAUCGGAAUCCUCCUCGACGAUAUGGAAAAUGAAAACCUCGAUGUCUUGAUCGAGAUUGGACCUCAUCCAGCACUUAAGGGCCCAUCUAAGCAGGUGAUGAAGAGCUUAAACAUGGACCUGCCGUAUCUUGCAUCUUUGACCCGAGGAGCACCAGACUUCGAGGGAAUGCUGGCUUUGGCUGGCCAGCUCUUUCAACUGGGCUACCCAGUCGACCUGUCAGCGCUUAAUAGUGACAUUUAUCUGACCGAAAACAACUUUGUACGUCAAUCAUUCUCUGCACAAAAGCUGUCCGACCUACCAACGUAUGCAUGGGAUCAUUCCGAGCGGUUUUGGGCGGAGACCCGAAUCAUCCACGAGCAUCGUCUACGUCCCCAUCGGCAUUCAAUUUUGGGCGCCAUAAUGCCCGGCUCGAUUGAGAAACAUACGCGUUGGCGGAAUUACUUGAGGAUUCGAGAGCUACCCUGGCUUGGGGACCAUGUGGUGGACGGGAAGGUCGUCUUUCCAGCAGCAGGUUAUAUGAGCCUUGCCAUUGAAGCUGCAAUCAGAGCAAAGGGAGUAAUCGGUGAUUUCAAUGGCCUAGCCUUACGCGACAUCUCGAUAAAAGCCGCGUUGGUGCUUGACGACUCUGAUAUGGGUACCGAGGUGAUCCUAGAUAUCCGCCCUCAAACCACAUCUGCCAAGUCUAAAUCCAAUGCGUGGCUUGAGUUCUCCAUUUUCUCAUAUGCCGCUGGUGGUGAGACUUGCACAGAGCACUGCACGGGUCUAGUUUCAGUGGAAGAUAAUGCGAGUAGCCAGAUGUCACGAGAGGAACAUGAACAACGACGGAAGCAAAGCACCUCGUGUUCCUCUGCACGGGGCUUUUACCGGCAUUUGCAUGACCUUGGACUGCAGUACGGGCCAGGUUUUCAGCUUCUGACUGGGAAUAUAGAGUCUGGUUCGGGUUUUGCUUCCUCGACACUCACAUUCAAUCCCGAGCAAUAUACAAUACAACCUGCAGAUGUGACUGUUCUUCACCCGACCAUGCUAGAUGCCACAUUCCACACAAUAUUUGCUGCUCUCGAGAGUCUUGCGGGGAGAGACUUGGAUGUAGCCUUUGUGCCCACCUUCCUCCAAUCAUUGGAGAUUUUGCCCGAGAUGAUAUCUAUCAAGGAUGCCAAGGGGCCGCAGGAUGUAUGGGUGGCAUCAUCGGCUCAUUUCUCCGGCCCCCGAGCUGCCGUCAGUGACUUGGUAGUCUAUGAACCAGGCACCGAUCGGGCAUUGGUGUCUAUCGCCGGCCUUCGGCUUACUUCAUUGAGUAAUGGGGAUGAUGUCAAUGACCGCUCUUUGUUCUUCCGUACACAAUGGCAACCGGCUUUUGAUCAGCUGAUGAUGUCGCCUUCACCGGCUAUACAUCAGGCAAGCCUAGAGCACAUGCUCCAUCUCUUCGUGCAUCAGCAUCCGAACACAAGAAUGCUCCAUUUCACCCCUGAAAUUGAGCAUACUAGGAAGAUUUUACACUUCUUGACAGACAAGACCCACGAACGACGAGUCUUCCAGUCUAUCACAGCCGUUCCAAGCAACACGUCAUUUGGUGAUCAAUUUAAAGAUGAGUUAGCGGUGUUGCAAAAAGAGCGACCGGGUUUUGUGCUUUCUGAAGAACCAGAAGAGCAGAGUUUCGACCUGGUAAUUGUAAGCAAUGCCAGAGAUCAAGACGUUUUACCCUAUAUCAAGGAUGACGGUUAUGUUCUCACCAACGGCUGCCGCAUUGAUGGUUUGAACUUGAAGAUGGUCUUCGAUGGGCAAAACGUCAGUGUGUGGCAGAAGCGCACAGAUACUCUAUGCCACCAGAAACCAAUUAUCUUGUGUCUGUCACCCAAGCCAUCUCGCCGUACGCUAGAUCUGGUAUCGCAGGUCAAAGCUAAAAACAAGCAGCGGUCUAUUUCUUCCGUCUCGAUCGCUGAGCUACCAAGCAGAUUGAGUGAUGACUCCGAUUUGAUCAUUUUGGCUAGCUUAGACCAAGAUCUCUUUGCGCAGAUGAACCAGGAGGAUGAGCUCAUUUUCAAAGCCACCAGGGAAGUGCUCACUCGCCCAGACAUGAAUGUCCUAUGGCUGCUGCACGGAGCCACCUGCAACGUGACCAGCCCUAUGGGUGCUUUGAUUAUCGGGUUGAGUCGGAGCGCGCGGUCCGAAAAUGACAGCUUGCGGCUGCUGACUUUGGAUCUUCCUGAGGAAUGGUCUCACGAGUCGGUUCUACCGUUGAUUCCUCGACUGUUGGAUCCCGCAAUCCAAGAAGAAGAGUUCUCUCUUCGCGAAAAUGUCCUUUCCAUUCCUCGCGUUGUCAAUGAUGACGGCCUUAAUUCAAUGGUUCCAGGAGGCGUGGCUUCAGGAGCCAAGACAGAGUCCUUUAGUUCCGAACAUCCCAUCAGGCUUACUAUUGACCAAGUUGGUCUACUGGAAACGCUUGUCUGGGAGGAAGAUCCUGAGAUUAUCAACGAAGAUCUCACGCCAGAUGAUAUUGAGAUUGAUGUCCGCGCUUCCGCCAUAAACUUCCGAGACGUUGCUGCCGCUGUGGGUAUUAUCGAUGACUAUAUGUUAGGCGAUGAGUGUGCUGGUAUUGUCCGGAAGGUGGGUAAAGAUGUCGAUCCUGCGAACUUCCAGCCUGGAGAUCGUGUGGUGGCUCUGCGACCCGGCAUGGGAGCUCAUCGCUCCGUCGUCCGAAACCCUGCUUGCCACUGCUACCGGCUGGGUCAAAUUCCCUUCGAACAGGCAGCCGCCCUGCCUUUGAUUUUGACGACCGCAUACUACUCCCUUGUUGACACCGCCAGACUACAGCCAGGUGAAACUGUUUUGAUUCAUGCUGCAGCUGGCGGAGUCGGUCAGAUUGCAAUUCAGAUUGCGCAAAUGAUCGGUGCCAAUAUUAUCGCCACCAUUGGCUCUCCCGCAAAACGGGAUUUACUGAGAUCUCAGUAUGGCCUGGCUGACGAGACUAUUCUGAGCUCCCGAGAUGAUAGCUUUGUCGCCGGAGUGAUGAAACUGACUGACGGGAGGGGCGUGGAUGUCGUCCUGAACAGUCUGGCUGGGAAGCUUCUUCACGCGUCUUGGAACAGUUUAGCCACAUUUGGCCGCUUUGUCGAGAUUGGAAAACGUGACAUUCAUGAAAAUUCGACUAUUGGGAUGGAGCCAUUUCGACGAAACGUUUCGUUUUCUUCGGUUGAUUUGAUAACUAUCUACAAAGAGAAUCGUCAGUUAGGUGCCCGGCUGCUCAGCCACUGCUGCAACCUGGUUCACGAGGGAAAGAUUAAAUUACCCGAGACUAUUCUCACCCUUCCGUAUUCAGAAGCUGUGAAGGGGUUCAGAAUGUUGCAGAUGGGCCAGCACACUGGAAAAGUGGUUUUGGUGGCCAAAAGUGACGAGAUCGAGGUUGCGGUCCGCGCGUCGACUUGGAAUACCUUAAAAAAUAAACUGAGCCCAGAUAAGACGUACCUAAUCGUUGGUGGCUUGGGAGGUUUGGGACGAACCUUGGUUGAGUGGAUGAUGCAGCGACAAGCUAAAAGCCUCGCCAUCCUCUCGCGAUCUGGUGAAGAUCGUGAGGAGGCAAAAUCUACAGUUUCGUGGCUACGAACCCGCGGUUUGAAGGUCGCUGUGUACAAAGGAGACGUCGCCAAUCCCACCGAUGUACAAAACUGCAUCAGUAAGAUUCAAAAUCUGGGGGGCGUGAUCCAUGCUGCCAUGGUUUUGGCCGAUGCUCCGCUGCAGAGCAUGACUUAUUCUCAAUGGCACAAAUGCGUUCAACCCAAAGUUCAUGGAGCGUAUAACUUGCAUAACGCGACAAUGGGUAUCCCGCUCGAUUUCUUUGUAUGUUUCUCCUCCAUUUCCGCAUUUUUCGGCGGCAAGGCGCAGGCAAAUUAUGCUGGUGCGAAUGCCUGUCUGGACAGCCUGAUGGGCUAUCGCCGACAACUUGGCCUACCUGCUUCCACUAUGAACUGUGGGCGCAUAACUGGGCAUGGCGUCGCAGCUGAAGAUGCGGCGCUGGAACGGUUCAUGGAGGAUCAAGGCUAUGAAGGGGUAAACCGACAGGAACUGCUCUACCAAGUAGAGAAUGCCAUCUUCUCGCACAUCCCCUCGCAAGUCUCUUCGGAUGGAGUUGACUUGUACCAGACCCUGACAGGUGUCACUCUUGCGCGUGACGAUGUCUUUUGGGCCAAAAGAUCCAUCUUCAAAAAUCUAUAUCGCAACCAUGACUUCAACGCGCAAUCCGGCCAGCGAGGAGCUGGAGGAGAAACCAGUCUGUUGGCUGUAUUUAAACAGGUCACAGAUCCUCAGGAGCGGUUUAAUCUCAUUCUCGAGCGAUUUGUCAACAAGCUCUCCGUUUUACUUGGUCUGUCGCCCGAAUCACUCAAGCCGGCAGAUCCAGUUUAUGGACUAGACUCAUUAGUGGCCAUCGAGCUGCGCAACUGGUUCACUAAGGCUUUGGGAGUCGACAUAGCUUUGUUUGAUGUGCUUGCAGCCCCAUCUAUCAGAGCCUUGGUAGAGAAGUGCGUGACUUUGUUUGGCCUGCAAGAGCUCAAAGCUCCUCGGUCUGGGCCACAGAAUACCAGUGAUUCCUCACCACAAGUUAGCGCUACGCCGCAAGACAGAGCAUCUUUGAACUUCCCGAAAGCCGACUUAUCGCAACCACUCCCCUUGUCCACCUUUCAGACCCGCUUAUGGUUCUCUCACAUGCUCGCUGCAGACAAGUCGCUAUUGAAUCUUCCAAUCGUUAUGCAUCUUCAUGGGCGGCCUGAUCACAGUAUCCUUGAGGAAUCACUUUCGGAGAUGAUUUCCAGAAAUGCCAUUUUGCGGACCGCAUAUCAGGAGGGAGAGGAUUAUGCCGAGCAAAGAGUAAUGCAUGACCGAGAAUUCAUUCUCAAGUUUCAGGAUAUAUCUCAAAAUGAAGAGGCAACCCAAGCCCUGGAGCCACUUGUUGCGACUUUGAAGAUGAAGCAGAUGAAAAUUGAAGAGGGAGAGGUGAUUGAUGGAACUUUGGUCAAGAUCAGUGAAGAUGACUUUGCCUUGGUGCUCAUAAUGCACCACAUCUGCACGGACCGAAGUAAUACACAAUCAUUUCUCACGCAGCUUUCCGCGAUUUAUGACACCUUCCAUCAGAGAGGGAAUAUCAGCACAAUCCCAAGUCCCAAGUUGAACUACGCAGACUUCACCAUGUGGCAUAAUGACUUACUUUCAACCAGCUCCAUGAGUUCGGAAAUCGAAUUUUGGAAGAAUCAGCUAUCUGGAAUGCCUUCUAGCUGUGAACUGCUCCCCUUUGCGAAGUCGGAGCGGCCUUUGUGGGAUAAUUAUGGCCGGGCAACCACCACGGCAGAGGUAACCCCAAGUCAACUCAAACGUAUGAAGCGGAUUUGCUUGCAAUCUAAAACAAGUCCCUUCCAAUUUCUUUUGGCCGCUUUCCGGGCAUUUUUAUACCGUUACACGGCAGACAAAGAUCUGACGAUCUUAAUGGUGGAUGGAAAUCGACCUCACGCGGACUUGAGCGACGUGCUGGGAUUCUUUGUCAACAUGACCCCAAUUCGCUGCCAACAAACAUGCGAGGGCAGCUUUGAAACUCUUUUGUUAUCCACGAGAGACCUUAUCUUAGAGUCCAUGUCCCACAGUGCCGUGCCAUUUGACGUGAUUGUCACCGAAACCCAACAAGAACGAAGUACUGGUCACUUCCCAUUGGGCCAGGUUAUGAUCAAUUACCAGCAACCCGAUGGCCAAGACGUUUAUCAGACUAAGGACUUUGUAAUUCAGAAGACGCAAGCACAAGAUAUGGUCUCUGGUUGUGAACUGAAUCUUCGAGCUCGGGAAGACCCGGACAACGCCCUUCAACUGCAGCUGGAAUACUCCACCACAUUGUAUGGAGACACCGACAUGCAAGUCUUUUUCGAGAACUUCGAGACUUUCCUGUCCAGCCUCAUUCAAGACCACCGACAGCCUGUCGAUGAAGUCAUCAUGUCCGGUCCCAAGGAGAUUGAGCGACUGGCAACCGGUUUCUGGAAUGGCAAUUCCGGGCCUCAUUCUCGGGAGCAUCCGAGCCUAACUGGUCAAAUCCUCCAUGUCGCAGAGAUGCAACCGAAUUCGAUUGCCAUUACGACUUCAGAGAGUCAGACCAUUACUUAUGGUUGCCUGGUUGACUCCGCUCGUCGACUAGCCUUUUCGCUACAGAGUGCAGGUAUCGGGCCCAGGCAACGCAUUGGAAUCCUCGCAACCCCGGGUAUUGACAUGGUGACCGCCAUGCUGGGAGUCUUGUUCAACCGAUGUGGCUAUGUUCCAAUGGAUCCCACCAUGGCUGUUGGACGCUUAGCAUUCAUCACUGACGAUUCCGGCAUGGAUUUGCUGCUUUUCGAUGAGGCGUGCAGCGACUUAGCAUCUGAAAUUCGGUCCCAGGCUCAAGGUCAUUAUGAUACUAUGAGCGUCAAGAAAGCUACUAGCUCGCAAUGGCCGGGUGAUCUUUAUCAGUCUUUACCUGGUGAUCCUUUUUAUAUGAUGUAUACUUCGGGUAGUACAGGUACACCCAAGGGUGUUCCACUUUCCCAACAAAAUGUUCAGGAAAUGCUGGUGGCGAUGCAGGAACAGUUCAGAUUCUGCCCCGAUGACCGGUUUCUGCACCAGAUUUCACCUUCGUUCGACCUUUCUGUGGUGGAGCUUUGGUCAUCGCUGGCCAUCGGUGCUAAGCUUUGCAUUGCCAGCACGGGGGUACGGCAUGAUCCUGUGCUUCUCGGUGAAUAUAUGCGCCAGGAGUCUGUGACCGUCACGUACUUUACCCCAACUCAAUUCGCUCUGGUGAUAGAGCACAACGGUGCUGCAUUGACGGAAUGUCCGGACUACCGUAUUGCAUUGCUGUGUGGGGAGCGAUUGCCCUCACGCCUCGCAGAUGCAUUCUAUCGAUCACAAUGCCCGGCGGCUCUGUAUAAUGCCUGGGGCCCAACUGAGGCAGUAGUCCAGACUACUCUCCAUCCAGUCCGCUGGCCUGAGGAUGAUGUUAUCAACAUACCUAUCGGCAAAGCUCUUGGGAAUUGCCGACAUUAUAUUGUGGAUGGGUGUAUGAAUCCCCUACCAGCGGGCUUCAUCGGGGAAAUCUGCAUUGGAGGCCCCCAGGUAGCGACCGGGUACUGGAAUCGCCUCGAGGUCAAUCGUAAGCAGUUCGUGGACAAUCCAUUUGCCUCCGCGCAUGACAAAGACCGUGGUUGGACGACUCUCUUCCGAACAGGAGACUUGGGCCGUUUCCUGCCUAAUGGAAACCUAGAGUUCCUGGGUCGCAUUUCUGGCGACAAACAAAUCAAAUUGCGUGGAUAUCGAAUCGAUCUUGGUGAAAUUGAACAUGUCCUGCACCGGUCUGCAUCCCCGGAUGAGGCCCAAGGCGUUGUCGAUCUUGCAGUCGUGGCCCAUUCAACGGACAAUGAUUCAAGCUCAUUGACAGACGACCGUUGGCUUGUCGCCUUCAUCGUUCCCAAGAAGCCUAUGACCACUGUGGUUGACAAGACCAGAUUCGCCACGCUUCUGUACUCACGCGCCAAGUCUUCGCUCAGUCAUUACAUGCUCCCUAAUGUGUAUCAAUUUAUUGAAAAACUACCAACCACCGCCAGUGGCAAGACAGAUAGACGAGCCCUUCUCGGGUUGGAUAUGGACUUUAUCCGUCCAGAUUUGGAUGGCACAGCCUCGAUGAAUUCGAGCCAGAAGACCUCCUUGCACGAUAGCCAAGCGCCGACUGAGCAGAUUAGUGAAAGCACCAUCAAGACGGUCAAUCAAGUCUGGCAAGAAGUGCUCAAGCUGGAAGCCCCCGCACAACCAACGGCCAAUUUCUUUGAAUCGGGGGGCUCGAGCAUUCUUCUCCUCCGUCUCCAAUCCAAGCUCCGAGCAACAAUGAAUGUCUCUCUCAGCUUGCAAGAUAUGAUACUGGGGCCAACGCCAAUCCAACUAGCCAAUCUACUGCAUGGAAGGGUCCUUGGAUCCACUACCGUCCCGGAAGAAAACACAGAUCACGUCGACUGGGUCAUGGAGACUACCCUGCCCAACCAUACUCGUUAUUAUCCUUCAAUUUCCGGGGUAAAGUCAGCUAUGACUGAUAUACUCUUAACUGGCGCAGACACAUUCCAGGGGAUUCAUCUGUUGGCCCAUCUCCUUGUUCAGCAUCCUGGUGUGAUCAUCCACGUCUUGGGCACGCAUUCCCCCCUCGACCACGCCCGCAUAUUCACGUUGCUAUUGGAGAGCAAAUUGAUCAACGAAACGCUAACGGGGGAGCAAAUUCUCACUCGUGUUCGGGUAAUCUCUGGAUUCUUGGGUCAAGAAUCCAAUUUUGGGCUCUCGCCUACUGAAUUUGAGAAUCUUGGAAGGUCGAUAUCGACCAUCUAUCAUCUCGCCUCAGAAGUCUCCUUGCUCAAAACCUUCCACGACCUGAAACACAUCAACAUCACCUCCAUUCUUUCCCUCGUUGAGCUGUCUCAUUUUGGAGGGAGCGAUAUCCACUACCUGUCGACCUGGAGUGUUCCCCACCUCCAAUCCUGGUUUGACACUCAAAGCUCCCUUCCCUCCAUGAAUAUUCUGGAAAACAACGCAGGCCACUUUACUCCCCAGCCCACAAGCCAGCAUGGCUACUUCAAGUCUCGCUGGGCAGCUGAAAUGCUUCUCACACGAGCCGCAGAUCGAGGCUUCCCGAUCACCAUCUACCGGGCCUCUAGCAGUACCGGCAACACUAGCACGGGCGUCGCGUCCUCUCAAAAUGAUUUCGUCCGAGGCCUGAUCCUGGAUAUGAUUCGCCACAAUGUCAUUCCAAAGUCAGGAACAACUGAUCAUCCUUUUGUAGUCGAUUUCAUUCCUGUGAACUACCUCGUCGACGUUCUCGGCCGGCUUUCGAUGCAACGGAGGAAUGCUCCGGAGGCUCUUUCUUCAACUCCAGACCUUCAAAUUUUCCACAUCACCAACCCUAGACCCCUUCCUCUUAAUCAACUUCCGGCUCUGACAGGGCUCAUUCGUGGCGAUGACAACCCAGAUCAGAUUGGGCAACAUGUCAGUGUGGAUGAAUGGCUUGCACACUCAACUCAAGGCAAUACUGGCGAGGACGAGCAGUUACGCCGAGAGGUUUUGGGUGAUUACUUCCGGCAGGGUCAUAAUAUGUUUGCGUUGGAUCGAAGCCGCACGGAUGCUGCACUAGACGGUGUGGAAGAUCUGGCGAUUUGCCCGUCAGUAGAUGAGGCAUAUCUGCGGGCCUUGUGGAAAGAGUGA